UCCAUUUUCUCAUAAACAAACAAACAUAGAAUCAAUUAAAAUUAUUCUUGAUCACUGUGUGUGUGUGUGUUACAAUUUCGAAUAUUUACAUAUAUUACAUAAUAUAUAUAAAACUUGACCCGAAUUAUUGGAUUGGCACCCAGAAUAAUAAUAAUAAUAACAAUAAUAAAAAGAAGAACUAAAUUAUGAAAAUAUCAACAUCUCAACAACAGCAAAAACAGUUUUCAAUAUUAUCAUCAAUAAUGUCACCAACAUCAUUAUUUCAUUAUUCAUCGAUGGAUAAUCAUCAUCAUUAUUCAUCAUCAUCAUCAAAUACGACGACAACCGCAUCAUCAUCAUCGUCAUCAUCAUCAUCAGUAUCAUCGCCAUUUUCAUCAACGAAUCGUACAACACAAAUGGCAAUGGCUUUUCUAUUAUUAUUGAUCUGUGCACAGAUUGUUACAUCGGCACCAGCAUAUGAUUAUGACAAAUUGCGUGAUCUAUACGAGAUAUUGUUACGACAAGAAAAUCCAACACCAUUUGUACAUCAAAUGGAACGUAAAGGUGGCCGUUCACCAACAUUAAGACUUCGAUUUGGUCGUCGUUCUGAUCCAUUAUGGAAUGACAAGAUGCCCAGAGGUUCCGGUAAUAAUAACAACAACAACAACAACAUCAAUAACAGUAUUGAUGAAGAUUUGGAAAGAGUGCCAUAUAAAUGAGAAAAAAAAACAAGUAAAACAAAAUAAAAAAUAAAAAUGGAAACCAUCAUUCACAACCAAACAGCAAACUAACAACCCCCAGUAGCAGCAGUAAAUAUAAUGACAACAACAAUAACACAGUUAGCAAUAUGAUUUUCGCAAAA